ACGACGUUCUCCAAAGUCUGAAACUUUCUCUCUCUUUCUCCAAAAUCUGAAUCCUUUUCCUCCUCCUCCUCCUCCUCCUUCUCUCUGUAAUCUGAUUUUUGAGAUCCUUAUUCCUCUCAUCCACAAAUGGGUUUUUCAAAGCGUGGCCACAGAUUCUUCAAAUUCAGAAUCAUAAUUCUGUCCCUGUCUCCCAUCUCUGGUCAUUUCAUUAUCUGAACUGUUCAAUCCAUUCAAACUCUCUCCCUCCACAAUUAUCUUCAGCCCUGUCUCUCUUUCUGUCUCUCUCUGUCCCCCCAAAGCCCUAGGGCUCAUAAUAAUCCCACCCCUCCAAUUCAAAAGAUCUCUCAAAGCAGAGGCUUUCUUUUAGCUCUCUGCUUUUCCCUCCUCUCACCCAAAUGAUUUCCCAGAAACACUACGAGCUUUCUCAUGUCGCUGUUGAAAUGGCCUCCAUCAUGUUAAGUAUAGACUACUCGAGGCUCUUCUGGUUAUUGUUUGGCGUCUUCUGUUAUGAGAAUUACGAGGGGAAACCCCGGAUUUCCUAGUACAGUGCCCUCUCUGUUCCUUCUUCUGUUCAUAUACUUGCAAACUCUGUUUCUGAACUGAAUUUAUUAAUAUUAGGAUUUCCGUUCUUAUAUAUAUACAUAUACACACGUGAAGCAUCGGUUCGAUCAAUAUUUGUUGGUUGGGUUUUUCUGGGUUGAAGUCCCCUGCCAUGAACAAGAUGAGAUUAGGAGGCAUGGGCGUGGCUCAGAUUCAUUAUGUUGAAACAGACCCAUCUGGAAGAUAUGGAAGAUUCAGGGAUAUUCUGGGAAAAGGGGCGAUGAAGAUUGUUUACAGAGCAUUUGAUGAGGUGUUAGGAAUUGAAGUGGCUUGGAACCAAGUCAAGCUUGGAGAUGUGUUUCAUUCACCAGAUGAACUGCAACGUCUUUAUUCAGAGGUUCAUCUGCUCAAGAACCUUGAUCAUGACUCUAUCAUGACCUUCCAUGCUUCAUGGAUCGAUGUCCAUCACAGAACCUUCAACUUCAUCACUGAACUCUUCACCUCCGGCACGCUCCGAGAGUAUAGGAAGAAGUACUGUAGGGUAGAUAUUCGAGCUGUGAAGAACUGGGCUCGUCAGAUUCUUAGUGGUUUGGAAUAUUUGCACUGCCAUGAUCCUCCUGUGAUACAUAGAGACCUCAAGUGUGAUAAUAUCUUUGUCAAUGGCCACCUGGGGCAGGUCAAGAUUGGCGAUUUAGGCCUCGCCGCGAUCCUCCGGGGCUCUCAACAUGCCCACAGUGUCAUAGGCACUCCUGAAUUCAUGGCUCCAGAACUGUAUGAAGAGGAAUAUAAUGAACUAGUAGAUAUAUACUCCUUUGGGAUGUGUAUGAUUGAGAUGCUUACCUCCGAGUUUCCGUACAGCGAGUGCUCCAACCCGGCGCAAAUAUAUAAGAAAGUCACUUCAGGGAAGCUACCAGAUGCAUUUUACAGAAUCCAAGAUUUGGAAGCGCGGAGAUUUGUGGGAAAAUGUUUGGCAGAUGCAUCGAAGAGAUUGCCAGCAAAGGAACUCUUGUUGGAUCCCUUUUUAGCCACGGUCCAACUGGAAUCACCACCACCAUGCCUGCCAUCACCAAAGAUUCAAACUCACAAGUCCAAUUCCAAUUCAGGAGUCGCCAAGGUGCAUUCUACUUCCAUGGCUGAUCAAACAAAGGGCACAAACAUGACAAUAACGGGGACAAUGAAUGAAGAAGAUGACACAGUUUUCCUUAAAGUGCAAAUAUCUGACAAAACUGGACAUGUUAGGAACAUAUACUUCCCUUUCGACACCAUAAAUGACACUGCAAUGGACGUGGCCGUUGAGAUGGUUAGGGAAUUGGAAAUAAACGACUUGGAGCCAUUGGACAUAGCUCAAAUGAUAGAGGAAGAGAUAAUAGCUCUGGUUCCAACUUGGAAGGACUGGGGCACUUCUCAGUGUCCACGUCAGCACAGCUUUAGAUAUGAAGAAGAAGAAGAAGAUGAUAUUAGCAACCACCAUCCUUUUUUCUCAUCUUCCUCACGAUCAUCCUCUCAUGGUUCUCUCCCAGUGCUUAGCUUCUCUAGCAAGAACCUCUUUGGUGGGAACAAUAACCAUUUCUCACUUUCUCAGGAUUGGCUUCAAGAUGCUGCCUUUCUUGACGAUACAAGCUCAGAAAGCUCCAUGAAUUCCUUCAAGUAUGCUAACAUGAAUCAAUGCGAGGUGGUGGGCAUCGAAGAUGAGAGUGAUGAAAAUUACAAGUGCUCAAGAUUCUGUCCUGCGCAAGAGAUGGAAGCCAAUUGCAGUAAGCAGAUGAGCUAUCGAAGAACAGCAGAUUGCUGCCGGAGAUGUGGUGAUCAUCGGCCAACGAGCAUGACGAGGAUGCGGUCGUAUGUGGACGUGAGGAGCCAGCAGUUGCAGAGAUCGUUAAUGGAGGAGAUACACAAGAGAAGGAUGUUCAAGACGGUAGGGGCCAUUGAGAAUAUUGGCUUUCUGGAUCCCACAACCACAUGGAAGUCUGGUUCUUAAAGAAGCAAGGAGGAUAUGCUUCAAUUUCCACGUUGAAGCCUCAUGGAUUUUGGGAUCAUCUUCUUAUAGCUUUGGCUGGGUUUUUUUUUUCAAUACUUGUCGUCGUGCUUUGCUUUCUGGUUUCUGAUGUCCUGUUAUACACAAUAGGGGCAUUGUCUGAAUCUUCCACUUGAUUGUAAAGAACAUUAUAUAAAUAUCUGGAAAUAAGCCAUCA